AAAUGCCUGAACAAUAGGUUGAUUCUGGCUUAAAAGCAAGCUUCAAUCUGCACUUUCUUGUAUUCAACGAGUUCACUUUUCUUUCCUAACAGUAGCAUGGCCAAUACUGCUGGUACCACAGUUGCACCAAAGACGCCCACUCACGGCGUCAACGCUGCCCCCACACUCAAGUCCACCCCAAAUGCAGUUGGUUCUGCUGUUAUCAGCGAACACAUCAGUACUGUAGGCGUCCAGAUCUCGGAUCUCCGCCCGUGGAACUCGCGAGAUGUCGAGAACUUCAGGCAAUGCGGCGCCGAUGCAAUGCUACAGGAGCUCCUAGAUGGCUGCCAAGAUACUUCUGUUCCUCCCAUUGAGAAGUCGAAACUAUUGAAAGAUUCCCUCAACGCCGUUGUGAACCUCUGCAACAAUGAGAAGAUCAAAGAGCACGUCAAGGCUUUUGCCAAAUGCACGACAGAACCAGCUUCUUACCCUCAUUUUGUCAAAGCUGCCAAUGCUGCGCUCCUUGAACUGCACAGCUUGAAUGUGUCCGGACUGACGGCUCCGCGCAACAACGAUACCGACAUCCUAUUUCAUCAUAACGACUACCCUAUAAACCAAAUGCAUCAGGAUCAAAAGGCGCAACGCAAACCUGAUGUUGUUGUCGUCUCUUGCAACACCACUAAGGGCCUGUGGAAAGUUGAAGAGGUUAAUAAUGAAAAGUGUAAGGAUGGCAGGGCCAAGAGCAGAAAGGCCAAUGAUGCAAAGGGAAAUGGUAAGGAUGGUAGGGGUAAGGAUGCGACAGCUAAGGAUGAGAGUAGUAAGAAGCGCCGGAGCCUUUACAUGGAAACGGCGGCGCAGAAGCCCAACAGCCACUUCCAAUGGUGCGAUGUUCAUUCGACAUUCGAGUUCAAACGCAAGAAGGGUGCUCUGACUGCUCCACCUAAAACAUACAAGGUGAAGGAAUACAUUGCCCCCAAACAGCAGUAUCUUCCGAAGGACACGGACCCUGUUGAGCCAACAAGUUUGGCAUCUAGGCCUGCCGCUGCAGGCUUCAAUCAGCCAUCCAAUCAAUCACGACGUGGGUCUGGGCAAGUCCAAAGUAAACAAGAAAAGAAAUGUAGUUCCAAUCAUUUACCCUCCAACGAGCCUGCCAGCAAGCAUGCCAAGAGCAACAACGAAACCGGUACCGAAGAGAAGGAGCCAAAAAAGCUUCCUCCUAACGUCCAAAAUGGCAUGUAUGUCGCGGAGAUGUUUGCUGCCAAUAUCGCGAGGCAGCACGUCAGCUCUUGUGUAGUGAACAAUGACAUCAUUUACAUGUGGUAUUUUGAUCAACAGGACGCCAUCCAAUGCGCCGGCAUCAACUUUGUUCAGGACCUUCCCCGCUUCCUGGUCUUGCUGCUUGCUAUGCAGCGAAUGUCUUCCGAGCGAUGGGGUUUGAACACGCAAUUCAAAGAAUCAUGCGAUAUUGUCGUCGGCGGUGUUGACCUCAAAUUUUAUUUGACGUCUGACCAAUGCAUAACCCACUUCAGUCUGCGUGGCCGUGCAACCACUGUGUUUCCCGUGGAAAGCAAGGUGUUAUCGGAACAACUACAGAAACGGGGAGAGGAACAGGGGCACUGUAACGACAUCCCUAGCCACGAAUUGGUUGCCAAGCUCUACUGGCCAGAAGAGGAGUGCAAGAGCGAGGCUGAGAUACUCAAGAAGGUGUACGAGAUUGCAACGAGCGAGCUAGAUGUGAAGGGCCACGUCCCGGAGGUAGUUUGGUCCCACAAGUUCGAAGGGACAUCCACGGCGAAAAUCAGGACAGCGCUAGGACUGGACGAUGCUCAACAAGGCAGCCAUAUCUUGUAUAUCAUCAUGUUCAAGAAGCUUAUCCCGAUCACAAAACUGAGCGGGGACGAGUUCCUCACUGCAUGGUGGCAAAUAGUGCAUUGCCAUUAUGCCCUCUGGAAGAAGGGCAUCCAUCACUGUGACGUCAGUCCUAGCAAUCUUAUGGUAUACAAGACCUCAGAUGGUCGAUAUAUUGGUGUCCUCAACAACUACGACUUGUCAUCGAUUCAAGGUAGUUCCCAGGGCAACGAGCAUACAGGGAUAGUGCCAUUCAUGUCAAUCGACCUUCUCAAACCUGACGCCUUGAAAGGCAAGGUCGAGCACCUAUACCGACACGAUGCUGAAUCGUUCAUCUGGGUCCUCGUCUGGGUCUGUCUUCGGUAUAACAAGGGCAAGCUCCUGACCACAGGCAGACCCCUUGAUGAGUGGCUGAAAGUCUCAGAAGGAGCCCUUCCCCCUAACGCCCACGUUGUCGCACCAAUCCAACUGGAAUACUGCUCUAUCUCUUCUAGAUUGUCUCGUCCCAAGAUGUGCACAGGCUAA